AAGCAGCAAGAUGCGCCCUAUAGCAUCCAUCUUUGUCAGAAAUGUGCGUAGCAUUCCUGCUGCGAAAGUGAAUACACCAACACGACGAACCGCCCCUUUCUUUGCAGUCUCAGGAGGGAUACUCUCGGUAGCCAUGGGCACUAUGAUGGUCGUGCAUACGGAAGGUGAAACCGCCAAGCCAUAUGUGCCCCCAAGAACGAAACGGAGUAUCUAUGAUGACUCUGAAGAAGAGUUUGUCCCAGUAGAAGAGCCAACGCAACUAGAGUUAGCCAUUCGUCAGACUCGGCACACUGUUACCAAUCAAUUCGCAACAACGAGAGCUCAGAUACAAUCGGUCGUAGACAAGUGGAUUCAUUUAGAGCAACAAGUUACUGGCACGACGAAAAAGUACAUCGCCCCCGGCGAGCCAUUCCUUCCCGGCGCAAUUUAUGUCACGCUCUCGGGAUUCGCAGGUUCCAUUCUCGCUAAAAACCGGAGCCUACUGUAUCGCAGCGCGACCCCAGCAACGUUCGCGCUCGUUGCCUUCAGCUACUUCUAUCCCGGCACAUCUCGGAACAUCGUGUCAGCAGCAUACAAAAGUACGACUGGCCGUUCGGAAGGACCUACAUUCCUCGACGUGUUUCCACAAAUGUCAAGUGCAUUUGCCAGUGCGAGAGACUUGGUCGUAAAUUUGUUUGGCGAAGCAGCAAACAAAGCAUCAGCUGCUACCGGCGGGGAAGUUAAACCUGUAGUGACUCGUACCGACCAGCAAAAGGCGUUGGAUGAAGAACGAAAGACCAUUUGAGAUGGGAGUCUUGGCCGGAAAUUCAAUAGAUUAUUGUCAUUAUCCUCAUUGCACAUCGCAAGCACAAACGAUUUUCCUGCUGCGGCAGAGAUUGAUAUUUCGUCAAGGUUUUAGACAGUUCUUCGCUUCAGAUCCCUCAAUGGGCUAUCAUUGUGGUAUUAAAACUCCAAAAAAGAUUCAAUAGUAAAACUAUCCUACCCACUCUAGACAUACACUUUUCUGUCCAGAUUUGC